AUGACACCGAAGGUGCGGGCCUUGAGCGGCUGCCCCGCGACCGCAGGGAGCCCCAGUGAGGACAGCGGCCUCCUCGGUGUUUCGCGAACACCCGGACACAACGCCGUGCACCACCCGGCGCACAGCAACGGCAGCGCCGCAUGCAGGUCGACACAGCAUCGCCAGCGCGGUUUGAGCACACCACAUAGCAACGAUACCUCGGUGGUUGAAGCAACCCCGAAUGCGGGCCGGCAGCGACCGUCUCGUGUGGCGAGAGCAACCCUGCUCGCCUCCCCGCUGUACGCGCCGUCAAAUGGCGUGGGUGCGGCAGCUGACACACGGACAAGCGGCGUGCAGGAUGAUAAUGGGAGCGGCUCUCAGCUGCCGUCGCAGUCAUCGCUACUGUGCACUCCGAACGGAGCUUGCCGGUCAGCCGCCGUCGCCGCUGCGGCGGCGAGUGGCACCCGCUCACGCCUCGACACACCGACGCGCCUGGAUGAGAUUCCGCUGUUUUUCAACAACUCGUUCGAGUCCGGUUUCGAGUCACCGCCGGGGGACGCAGCAGCAGGCGGCGGGUACAGUGCAACGCAAAUGACGCCAUACCGCACGUACGACCUCCAGAUGGCGGUAGAGGAGGUGCUUCGAAGCUGCCUGGACAGCUUUACCCCUGCCAAGUGCUCCGACACGAGCGGGGCCACGCCACAUGGAUCGCGGCGGCGGGCGCAGGCGGCUCCAUUCAACGCGUAUGCGGCGCUCGAGUCGCUUCUCCCACCGUCUGCGAUGGGCUCGGCUGGGCAAGACGGCUCGGAGGUCUGGGCACCCGCGAUGAUGGGGGCUGCGAUGCCGGGCUCCACGCCGGAGCGGGUGACGGCGCCGCAGGGAGCAUUCGCGGAGAGCGACGAUGAGGGCGCGCUGACUACGCCGCAGAGCGACCGCGCAUCGUGUGGGAUGCCGUACGCCGGCGUGCGCCGAGAUCCGAUGGCUUACUUGUCCACUGCGGCAGUGAUGGCUGCCGACAGCAGUGAGGGUCGGUGCGGAGUGACUCACCACGGGGAGGGUGGCGUGGAGUCUAUCGGCAGCUUGAGUGCCGGCUGCGGUGCUUGCGGAGGUGCCACAGAGUCCCUGCCCCCGCAUUCGAGCGACGCGCGUAGCGGACUCGAGUUUAACUGCCGUAAUGGCCAUUGCGGUGGCCCCGACAUGCUUGCCAUGCUUGCUGCGGCCGUUCAGCAGCAGCAUCCGCAGCACCCCCACUCCUACCCCCACACGGAAACGCGUCCCCAGAGUGCGCGCAGCACGACAGGGAGCAUGGAGCUGGACUCGCGUGCCUUCUCGGAGCGCGAUGUCGCCGCUGCAGCGGAGCAGCAGUCCACUUCGCCGCCGCCCUCGUACGAAGUCGCCGCGUGCCACCAGAAGCCGCCGCACCACGGCAGCUACGCCCAUCCGGACCUUUCCUCAGCGCCAUCAUGCGCCGCCGCCACGCACGCACAGCCUCCAACUCGACGCGGCCAUCACCUUCCCCACGUCAAGGCUGCUGCGGGGUCGCUCAUUGCCGUUGGUGGCCGCCGCGUUCCAGUAGACAAGUUGCACUUGCUCUCCAUCGGCGAUGAGCCAUCCCUGUCGGCACCUUCGUCCAUGGCCGGUCAGGCAGUCACGGCGGCGUCGUCGCGCGGUGGCUCAAAGGCACGGUCGCAGCAGUCGUCGUCUUCAGCGCCGUAUCACGUCGAAGGGCCGUCAAUGCGACGCGUGCCCAAGGCUAAUUUAGUGACCGUAACCCACGCCGCUGCCGCAGGUCUAGUGGAGGCAGGGGCGCCAGCUCCACCUGGCCGUCACGCCUCUGCGCCGGUCCACGAACGUGACGCCGCACUUCCGACAUCCUCCUCCUCCGCGACCUUGUCGGAGGCGGCGCCGGCACGAGCCGCUGCCGCUGGCCCAUCGGCUCGUCGCGUUCCCCCUGCCAUGGCUACACAGCAGCGUCACAGUAGCGGCAGUAUCGUCCCUGCCGUCGUCGCCUUGAACUCGGCUGUGGAUAGAGAAGGCGUGCAGCAGAGUAGUGAGGCGGACGUUGUGGCGGUGCUGCAGUUCCCCAAAGGUCAGACGAUGCGCUUCUUGACAAAUCUGUCCAGUGCUGCGCUGGCGACCGCGAAGGAUGCCGUCGCCCGCGACCUGACUAACUCGAAGCGAUCCACCGGCGGCACUGCAACUUCCGUGCUGGCGUCGAGGUCACUGCUGAGGUGCGUUGAGGUAGGCAAGACAUACCUCGCGCACGUUUACGCUGAGGGAAGUCCGCAUGAAGGCGUAUCCUACGAGGACGCUGGCGUAUGCGUGCAGCUAAUCACCCCCUCUUCAUCGCUGUACGCUGCGCUACUCGGAUGCGUGAAUGGGGUGCUGCUUCGCAAGGUGGACGUUCUCGUCAACGACGAAGACCGUAAGCAGCACGAGCGCUUGCUGCUGCAGCAGACGACUGCAUACAUCGAGUGCGAGCGUCACUUCAAGUUCUCCGGCCUGCCCUUUCAGCUGGAGUCGAUCUACUGCACCUUUGACGGCAGCGUGUGCGUAGUCUUUUACCGCCUCCUCCCCGUGGCCGACGGGUCGGCGUCGUCGUUUGCGUCGCAUCGCCACCCGAGCACGUCACGUAUGGUGCGGGAGCUCAAGUUUCACCUGAACUGCCGCGUGUUCCUCAAGCGCUGCUUACACCGCACGCACACAUACACACAGAAGAAAUGA